GUUCUCAUUUGUUUAAUUAGUUUUCAUUUAGGAGAUGGUUUUGCAAUCAGUGUAAAGGCAAUGUAGCUAGUAAAGCCACUGCAUUACCAGCCCAAUAAAGCAUUUGCUCUUAACAAGCAAUUAAAUAUUUUAGGGUGUGGGAAGUUUUUUUUGACUGAUAUGGCAAUUUUAGGGUGUGGGAAGUUUCAGUGUAAAAAUACCAAUCAAUAAAAUAUAAUUGUAUUCUCUCUAUUGGAGUGGAAAGAGAUUAGCCAGAACAUAACAACCAAACUCCAACCGAUCAACUAUUGGUUGUGGAUACUAUUGAUGAUAUCAAUUUUUUUUUGAAACCCUGAUCAAAUUUAUUUAUUUAUAAAAAUACAAAGCUAUGUAUGAAUUUCCUUUACAAAAGACAAUAGUGUAAUCGAAUUUGGUCUCUUGUCUGCUUUGCCGUACUUAGAUAGAUCAGGGAUGAUAGUGAUGAAUGCAAACCACCUGGCUACGUCAAACUAUUGAAAGAACCAUAAAAACUUAAUUAGUGAAUUAAAAUUUUCAAACCAAUCGUUACUAAAACAUAAAAUGUAUUAUUACUUUGGUACCAUAGUGGUUGUCAUUUUACAAUUUUGUUUUAUAACAUUGUUCCCUCUCCCUCGUAUAUAUUUUUCUUUCUCAUAUACUGGUUUAAAAGCAAUCAUGUUGUUUAAACGCAAAAAUAAGAUAUAUUGUGUUUUUUUCACAUCAGAUAUAUUGUGUUUUUAGUUUGAAAUUUGGUGGAAGAAAAAUAUGAACCAUAUAUUUUGGUAAUAAUGCAGGUUGAUUCCGAACCCAAAAAGAAGAUCGAAGACUCAUUUUAGCAAUAUUUCUCUUGUGGAAAUUAUGUACUUUGUUUUUACAAAUAUUUUAUUUUGCCCAUGACCAAUAAAUUUGACCCAUGAAUUGUUCCUAAUGCAAUAAAAUUGAAUUAGAGCCACAAAACCUGACUUGUCGCCCAAAAAGUCCACGAAACAUCAUAUUAUUGGUGAAUUAUUUUUAUUAAUGGAGUCAACGUUCUAUGUCAUGGGAGCCUUGUAUGUUUUAUCUUUCCUUAUUAUAGGAGGAAUGGCAUCCUCUUUCCAUCGUACUAAUGGAUUCUUCCUUAUUCCGUACCAUUUUUGUUACUGGAAUAGGCUUCUUAGCACUCUAUAUAUCCAAUCAAGAAAAUAGAGAACACGAUUCUUUUUCUUCCUCUUCUUCAUUACGCCUCUCAUCACCUUCACUUUGUUUGUCUAAUAACUGGACACAUGAUGUCUUUCCAAGCUUCCAUGGUGAAGAUGUCCGCAAAGACUUUUUAAGUCACAUUCAAAAGGGCUUUGAGAGAAAAGGAAUCAGGCAAUUCAAUGACAAUGAGAUGGAGAGAGGAGAAUCCAUAUCUUUUCAACUUGUAAGGGCGAUAAGAGGAUCUAAAAUCGCGGUGGUCUUGUUCUCCAAGAACUAUGCUUCUUCAAAAUGGUGUCUUGAUGAAUUGGUGGAAAUUAUGAAGUGCCGGCGAGAGUUUGGUCAGAUAGUGAUAGCGGUUUUCUAUAAGGUGGAUCCAUCUGAUAUACGCAAGCAAACCGGAGAUUUUGGGAAGGUUUUUCGAAAAACUUGUGCAGGGAAAACUAAUGAGGAAAUCAGGAGAUGGAGAGUAGCUUUGGCAGAAGUAGCCGCAAUUGCUGGUUAUCAUUCAAGCAACUGGGAUAAUGAAGCAGAUAUGGUAGAGAAUAUAGCCACUGAUGUUUCAAAAAAGCUGACUCAGUUCAGGAGAUCAAUUGAUUUCAAUUACGACUUAGUUGGCAUGGGAAGUCAUUUGGAAGAGAUGAGACGAUUGUUAUACUUAGAUUCGGAUGAAGUGAGGAUGAUAGGCAUUUGGGGUCUUCCUGGGGUUGGUAAGAGCACAAUCACUAGAUUCCUUUUUAAACAACUUUCUCAAAGAUUCAAUGUGAGUCUCUAUAUCAAGGAUAUCAACGCACUUUAUACAAGACCAGCGUCUUCUGAUGUGGAAUUUAUGUCUCUACUAACGUACCAUAAUGACAACGAAGUUCUUAACCUAAGAAUUGAAAGAGAGAAGCUGAAACGCAAGAAAGUGCUUGUGGUUAUUGAUAACGUCGACAGAUCGGUGCAACUAGAUGCAAUGAUGAAAGAAAGUCCAUGGUUUGGUCCUGGAAGUCGGGUUGUCGUCGCGGUACAAGAUAGGGACGUUUUGGAGGCGCUUAGGAUUGGUUAUGUUUAUAGAGUGGCUUUGCCAUCAGAUUAUGAAGCCAUGCAAAUCUUUUGUAUGGCUGCUUUUGGUCAAAAGUUCCCCAAAGAUGGUUAUGAGGAUCUUGCAAGAAGAGUAUGCAAUAUUGCUGGUAGGCUUCCUUUGAGACUGAAAAUCAUGGGUUCUUAUUUCAGGGGAAUGUCCAAGCAGGAGUGGAUUGAUAAGAUUGAUCCACUUUGAAAAAUGAAAGCAGCUUAUUCAUGUCCGGGAAAAAGUAUCUGGAAGCAACAUGAUGUUUUAUUUAUUUUUAUUAAAAACAAAAAACAUCAAUGGCUUCGCCCGGGUUCGAACCGGAGACCUUCAGUGUGUUAGACUGACGUGAUAACCAACUACACCACGAAACCAUUUGAUAGGUGUCCAGCCAUUUCCAAAUUAAUACUAGUUAAAACAUACACACUUGUAACAAAGAAUAUAUUCUGAAUUCAAUUCAAUUUCUUGAAAUAUAAUUGUUUUAUUCACUUUAGAUAACAGAUAUCUUCGUUAUAAUUGCUUUGAAGUCAUUUGUUUUGACUUCAAAGCAACUGUGGUAACCGGUUUGACCUCUUCUUAUAGCAGACAGAUCACACAGCUGAAUGCAAAACAGAACGGCUUGUGUUCACAGUCACCCAAGCAACUUCCACAGUCGUGACAACCUUCUAUGCAGACUACGCAAGCAGUACACAAUGAUAAGUACAAGGAUGAUCUUUCAGUGGACAGGUUUCUGUCGAACAAUCAAACACCAUGCUUGGUUUCUCACACCAGGGGUAUGCAUGUCUCCAGGUCAGUAUACAGGAUGUACACAAUCUCUGCCUCCUGGAUUUUAUUUGUAAAUCAUCAUAUUGUUGAAAAUGAAGGUAAUAAUAUCAGACAAACCACUAGAAUAUCGGUCCUAGUCCAAAAAAGAGAGAGAGGAUAUAUCUCUAUCGAUGAGCCCACACCACAGCCCAUCUAGUUUAAGUUUUCCUACAACCUGAAAUUUAAAGAGGUAGCGACCAUACAAAAAAAAAGUUAAAACCUCAAAAAGGCAAAAAGCUAACAUUUUUAAUAAUCUCACAGUGUCACUCUUCCCACCUAAGCUUAUUCGCUUUUUAUUUAUUUUGUGUCUACUAACCAUCUUUGUCUCAUCUUUCCACUUCAACCAAAGCUCCACAUUCAAGCAAUCCUCCACAAACCCUAACUCGAUUCGAUCUCAACCCCAAUCUCCAUGGAUCCGGUAUCUCAGUAAAGGAGC